AUGCUUCCUACUGUCAGUGUCAAUUCGAUUGAUAAUUCAAGCUACAAGGCGCCAAAACACUUUCCAAUCGGACCCAAGUUCACCCGGUACGAAAAGAAUCCUAUUUUGAAGCCCAAUCCCAAAAACGAAUGGGAAUCGGCAUAUUUAUACAAUGCCAGUGCCAUUGUGGUGGAUGAUAGAAUCUAUCUUUUGUAUAGGGCGCAGAACGAGGCCAAGGUGUCGAGCGUCGGGCUUGCAUGGAGUGAUGACGGAUACCAUUUCACUCGGUACGAUAAACCAAUUGUUAGUGCCAGUGAGUCUUACGAAUUGAAGGGAGGAAUUGAAGACCCUAGGAUUGUCAGAGAUCCAAAACUGAAGAAAUUCAUCUUGACUUACACUGCUUACGAUGGUUCUACUGCCAGAUUAUGUGUUGCUACUUCUGAAAAUCUAUUUGAUUGGGUUAAACAACCCCCAAUCAUUAAAAACGAUAAUUGGUACGACAUUGCGGUUCUUUCCAACGGAGAACAAAUCAUUAGACAUGCUUGGCUGAAGUCGGGGGCUAUAUUCAAUGAAGCCCAACCUAAACUGAAUAAGUAUUACAUGAUUUGGGGGGACUGUGCUUUCCAUCUUGCUGAACUGAAAGAUUUGGUUCAUUGGACUUUGCCCUCCCAUGACUAUCAUUCUAAUCUUUUCACCACUGGUAAGUUCAACUGGCAAGACCGUUUGAUUGAACCGGGCCCGGCCCCAAUUAAAUUAGACACCGGUGACCCCAAUAAAAACUAUUGGGUUUUAUUCUAUAAUUCUUCCACUUGCGGCGGUGGUGACUACCCAAAGGAUACUUACUCUCUUUCCCAAAUGUUAAUUGACUAUAACGACUUAUCCAAAGGCCCUAUUGCCAGACAGGAAACGCCGUUCAUGGUUCCUGAUUCCAAAAACGAAAUCGAGGGCCAGGUCAAUAAAGUUGUCUUCACCGAAGGCCUCGUUCAAUUCAAGGGUAAAUGGUUUUUGUAUUACGGCCAGGGUGACUCUGAACUAGGUGUCGCCACUGCCGAUGCCUAA